UCCUCCGGCGAAUCAGAAAGUUCCCCUUUCUCUCGCCUUUUUUUUUCCCUCGUAUCGUCUUCGAUUUUGUUUAAUUUUUAGCCGAAUUUGCGAUUUCUCACAACAAAAAAGAAAAAAACUCUGUUCCUAAUUCCCCGUACUGAUUUUGUUCACUCAAAAUUCAGAUUUCAUUUAUUUUUAAAAGUUUCGUCUUCUUCUUCAUUUUGGUUUGAAUUUUCUCCGCACACGAGAGUUGAAAUUUCCUUUUUUGGGGAUUUUCGGGUCUUAGGGUUUUUCUUCUCAGGAGACAAUCAAAGAUGAGCGUCGCGAAAUCCCAGGUUUGGCAGCCAUGCAAGAAGAAGAGAUCCUGAAGAAGAAUCAAUAGAGAUCUAUAUCUACAUCGACAAAGAAGAUAUUAGGGAGAUAGAGAGAGAGACAAAGAGAGAUGGCUUCUCGAGCAACACCUUCGCGAUCGACUCCUUCUCGAUCGACGCCUUCUGGUGGUUCAGGUAUCUCCCGGACCCGAGUUGGUAAGUACGAGCUGGGAAGAACUUUGGGAGAAGGAACCUUUGCCAAGGUCAAGUUCGCGAGGAAUGUUGAAAAUGGAGAGAAUGUGGCCAUUAAAAUCAUUGAUAAAGAGAAAGUUAUGAGAAACAAGAUGAUCGCUCAGAUCAAGCGUGAGAUUUCGACAAUGAAAUUGAUCAAGCACCCGAAUGUGAUCCGUAUGUUUGAGGUGAUGGCCAGCAAAACUAAAAUCUAUUUCGUUUUGGAAUUCGUUACUGGUGGAGAGCUUUUCGAUAAAAUUUCAAGCAAUGGGAGGUUGAAGGAAGAUGAGGCAAGGAAGUACUUCCAGCAGCUUAUUAAUGCGGUGGACUAUUGCCAUAGCAGAGGAGUUUAUCACAGAGACCUUAAGCCGGAGAAUUUGCUUUUGGAUGCAAAUGGUGCUCUGAAAGUGUCUGAUUUUGGAUUGAGUGCUCUACCUCAGCAAGUCCGAGAGGAUGGAUUACUUCACACAACAUGUGGAACGCCCAAUUAUGUUGCUCCGGAGGUAAUCAACAACAAAGGUUACGAUGGAGCCAAGGCUGAUUUGUGGUCUUGUGGUGUGAUUCUCUUUGUCUUAAUGGCCGGAUAUUUGCCUUUCGAAGAUUCUAAUCUAACGUCACUAUAUAAAAAGAUAUUUAAAGCCGAAUUUACCUGUCCUCCCUGGUUCUCUGCAAGUGCUAAGAAGUUAAUCAAAAGGAUUCUGGAUCCCAAUCCUGCAACGAGGAUUACAUUUGCUGAAGUCAUACAAAAUGAAUGGUUUAAUAAAGGGUAUAAAGCACCUAAAUUUGAGAAUGCUAACGUCAGCCUUGAUGAUGUUGAUGCGAUUUUUGAUGAAUCAGGGGAGUCUAAAAACCUUGUUGUGGAGAGGCGAGAAGAAGGACUUAAAACACCAGUAACUAUGAAUGCUUUUGAGCUCAUCUCAACAUCCCAGGGUCUCAACCUCGGUUCACUUUUCGAAAAACAAAUGGGGCUUGUUAAACGAAAAACUCAAUUCACUUCCAAAUGUCCUGCUAAUGAAAUAGUCACAAAAAUUGAGGCCGCAGCAACACCUAUGGGAUUUGAUGUCAGGAAAAACAACUACAAGAUGAAGCUUCUAGGAGAGAAAUCAGGCCGCAAGGGUCAGUUAGCAGUCACAACUGAGGUUUUUCAAGUUGCUCCAUCGCUUUAUAUGGUUGAAAUGCGAAAAUCAGGGGGUGACACCUUGGAAUUCCACAAGUUUUACAAGAACCUCACCACGGGUCUUAAGGACAUUGUUUGGAAAACAAUCGACGAAGAGAAAGAGGAAGGAACCGAAGUUUCAGGUGGUACUACUAACGGUGCUGUGGUUGCUUCUUGAUACCGAACAGUUAAACAGUCUGCGUGUACUGGUGUUUUACUAUAGAUUUUGUUCGUUAUAAAUUACUAUAGUACUGGGUUUGGGGAGUGAUUUUGAAAUUAUACAAAGAAAGCGUCAGAAAGUGUAGCAAAGCUGAAAGUUUGAACAUGUAUUGAGGGUGUUUUUAUAAUCUAUAAUCUUGUUUGAAUCCAUGGAAUGUUGUGAAUAGCAUAUGCCUAUGUGGGUAUUCUUGGCUUGAAUCCAAUAAAACGGAAAGUAAAAGCUAUACAGUGUUUGUUGAUUUGAGAA